AUGUCUAGUGGGCCUGUCCACGCCCUGAUUCUGUCCAAGGGAGAUAAUGUGGGUAAAAGAGAGUCUACUUCAUUGACAGCCAUCAUACAUCCUGAACACGCUGAGCUCAUCCAGCCAAAGAAAAAGUUUGGAUUCUCACUGCAGUUUGUAGAGUAGAACCAUUAUACAUGCAUAAUGCACGAUGGUACCACGUCAGGCGGACUUGAGGGGUUAGAUCAAACGUACCAGAAAUCAUCUACCAUUUCCUUGUAUCUAUUUCUCUUAAACUUCUGAAUGUUAGCCAGUUUGACAUGAUCUAGUUCGUUUUUGUAAAAUCUUUCAAAUUAGCUUAUUUUCAAGUACAAAGAUACAUCCCCUGAAAGGUAACAACUGGGGAACACUUCAUUUGGAUAGUCAUAGUUCAUUUCAUAUUAUUUAUGUAUGUUAAAUUAACCAUCUCGCUUAUCUCGCCACUGUAAUUGUGCUUCAUUCCUAGUCUGCAAGCCCAGUUUGCCAUCGACAAUGUGACCAUCAACCAGCUUCAUGGCAGCUCCACUCCCGAUGAGGCUCCGCGCACACACUGGCCGUGA